AUGGAGAGUGAUGGCGCUACUGGAAGCAUCAAUAAUGGUGACGCCGAAGUAGAAAGAGUGCCCAUGGAAUCAUUCAAGCAAAGAAAAAGGGAUACAAUUGAUAGAUUUGCCCGACCAGGUGCUAUUGUCCUACUUCUGGUAUGGGGUACGGUGUUACUUCUUAGGAGUAUACUGGCUUUGCGUGGUAAUUCUAGUGGCGAUGACAAUGUACCAGUAUACCAUCUGCCAAAUUCAAGCCACACGGAUGAAGGCUGUUUGAAAGUUUCAUUUGCAAAUGUUAGAAACAGUACUUUUCAACCAGUUGUAAAGUCACUUCAAUGGAUAAGUACUCCUGAUUCUGCUUAUCAUGACAAGGGCCUGUUUGUUACAAUAGCAGAUGACACCUAUGUCGUGAGAUCUGUGUUUGACGAAGACUUCUCUAAGGUGCUAUUGAAUGCAAGCACUUUUCAGUAUGGAGACGUGAAGUAUAACGUAGAUUCAUUGGUAGCAUCACCAGACUUGAGUAAACUGCUCAUCAGGACUAACACCAUUUCAAAUUGGAGGCAUUCAAGUUUUGGAACAUAUUUUGUCUAUGAACAUGAAUCUUCUUCCUUCCAUCUCAUCGGCGAUAACUUAGCCAUUGCUGAGUGGUCACCUAAUUCAAUUGAUAUAUCUUAUGUGCAAGACAAUGACAUAUAUAUAUACUCCACCAAACAUUCAAAGACAACCAAUAGAAUAACCUUCGAUGGAAGCGAGCUAAUCUUCAAUGGGAAGCCUGAUUGGGUGUAUGAAGAAGAAGUAUUGGAAGGUGAUAAAGCGUUAUGGUGGUCUCCCAAAGGAGAAUACCUGGUUUAUUACAGAAUUGACGAAACUGAUGUUGGUGAAUUUUCCAUUCCUUAUUACGUCCAAGAGCAGGAUGAUAUAUAUUCCAAGAUAAGGAAAAUCAAAUAUCCGAAGAGUGGUACUCCAAAUCCCAUAGUAGAACUGUGGGUCUAUGAUCUCGCAAAUGAUUAUGCGUACUCUGCCGACAUCCAGGGUGGUCGCGAAGAGCCCGCAUUUCCGCUUCUUUUAACGGAAGUAGCUUGGGUUGGAAAUAGCAAGCUUAUUGCAAAGACAACUGAUCGUUCAUCCGAUAUACUUUCUGUUUUCCUAGUAGAUGCUGAGAAACAAGUUUCAAAACUAGUUCGUGAAAAUUCAUCAGAUGGCGGAUGGUGGGAAAUUAGCCACGACAUAUUGCAUAUUCCAAAGAAUGAAACCAACGGAAGACGCUAUGAUGGGUACCUCGAUGUGAUGCCAGUUGAUGGCUUUAAUCAUCUCGUUUAUUUUGCUCCUGUAGAGAGUUCGGUCCCAAUACAAUUAACACAUGGUAAAUGGGAGGUAGUGAAUGGCCCUGCUGCCUUUGAUUACCAAUCUAACAUUGUUUAUUUUAUUGCAACGAGAGAAUCGUCUACGGAGAGACAUUUAUAUUCAGUCAACCUGGAUACCCCAAAGGAAUUAAAAGCUAUAACGAACACUCAAGAUAAUGCUGUAUACGACGUCUCAUUUUCAGCUGGAAGCAGAUUCGCUCUUCUUUCAUACAAGGGACCAGAUAUUCCCUAUCAGAAGAUUAUUGAUUUCCAAUCUUACAAGCACGAUAAAAAAAUCAAAGGAAAUGUUAUUGGGGAAACACUUUAUUAUCUCGAAAAAAAUGAUGCCCUAGCUGCACGUUUAUCACUUUAUGAUAUACCUCCUAAAACAUUCCAAACUUUAAAUUUAGGAAAGGAUGAAAACGGAUAUGACAUAGUUGCCAACUCUUUUGAAAUUCUACCCAAUGGUUUCGAUCCCUCGCUGAAGGAUUACUAUCCAGUAUUUUUCUAUGCCUAUGGCGGUCCCAAUUCACAGCAGGUUCUCCAGAGCUUCUCCGUCGGCUUCAAUGAAGUAGUGGCCUCCCAACUAGAUGCGAUUGUUGUCGUCGUUGAUGGCCGUGGGACUGGUUUCAAAGGUAAGGAGUUUAGGUCACUCGUGCGCGACAAUCUUGGCGAUUACGAGGCCCGUGAUCAAAUAGCUGCAGCUGCGCUAUAUGGAUCUAAAAGUUACGUGGACUCGAACAAAAUAUCCUUAUUUGGGUGGUCAUAUGGUGGCUAUUUGACAUUGAAAACCCUGGAGAAAGACGCAGGGCAACAUUUCAAGUUUGGCUUAUCUGUUGCCCCCGUAACUGACUGGAGAUUUUAUGAUUCUGUUUACACAGAACGCUAUAUGCAUACGCCUCAAGAGAAUGGCCACGGUUACAAUCAGUCUGCCGUUCGCAACGUAACAGCAAUUGCCGAAGCAACAAGGUUUUUACUGAUGCACGGAACCGGUGAUGACAACGUCCACUUUCAGAAUUCAUUAAAAUUCCUCGAUCUUUUAGAUCUUGCUGGCGUUGAGAACUAUGAUGUCCAUGUCUUUCCAGAUUCCGAUCACAGUAUAAGAUACCAUAACGCCAAUAUCAUCGUCUAUGACAAACUACUUACCUGGACAAAAUUGGCUUUCACGAGCUCCUUCAUAAAUAAUUAG